AUGCUACACCACGCUACCCUCACCGAGCACGCUCCGACUGGAGGCUCACUGAUUGAGAGCCAAAUCCAGAGGCAUCGUGAAUAUCAAUGUGAGCCAACGUCGAACGGCCAUGCCCGCCUAAGAUAUUGACCAUUCGCCUCCUAGACUCCCCUCCAAGGUGCCUCUAUCGCCAUCCCUUUCACGAAAGCCGCCAAUCCAGACAAACGUCACGAAGUAGAAGAUGGUGCAGCUCGCAUUCCCUUCGCCCAUCGCAUCCCCGAUGUGAUUCGCAAUCACUUCGUCGCCAUGUGCGCCGAGUAUGUCGGCACCGUGUUGUUCCUCUACUUCGCCCUUGGAGGAACCCAGGUCGCGAACAAUAUUCCCACCUCCUCCGGUGAAAGCGUCAAGCAGGUCGGCAGCAACCCGGAGCAACUCCAGUACAUCGCCCUCUGCUUCGGCUUCUCCCUCGCCGUCAAUGCCUGGGUCUUCUUCCGUAUCUCGGGAGGCUUGUUCAAUCCGGCCGUCACCUUUGGCAUGUGUCUCAUCGGUGCUCUGCCCUGGGUCCGAGGCGUUCUGCUUUUCGUUGUACAGAUCCUCGGCGGGAUGACAGCCGCUGCACUCGUCAGCUGUAUGUUCCCGGGCCAAUUGGAUGUCCAGACCACUCUUGGAGGCGGCACGACGGUCGUCCAAGGCCUCUUCAUCGAGAUGAUCCUCACGGCAGAACUCGUCUUCACCAUCUUCAUGCUGGCAGCAGAAAAGCAUCGAGGAACCUUCAUCGCCCCCGUCGGCAUCGGUCUUGCGCUCUUCGUGGCCGAAUUGGUAGGCGUCUACUUCACAGGAGGAAGCCUGAAUCCAGCGCGAUCGUUCGGUCCCGCUGUGGUGAAUCACAACUUCCACGGAUACCACUGGAGUAAGUCACCUGCCGCUCGCACUCAACAAUCACAGCAUCUAAUGUAACCUUCUCAGUCUACUGGGUCGGCCCCCUCCUCGGCGCAAUCGUAGCAUCAGGCUUCUACAAAUUCAUCAAAAUUCUCGAAUACGAAACCGUUAACCCAGAUCAAGACACCGACAAGAGCAAAGACGAGCGACCACAGACCUCGCAGAGCUUCGAGGGCAGACACUCGUACGAAGAUUUCGCGCACAACGAGACAAAGUCUGUCCCCGAGAACGAUGCCCACGGGGCUUUGCAGCCACCAUCGUCCACCCAGAUUGGCACAGCCACUGGAAAUGGCCAUGCCGGCGAUGGUGUGAGAAAGUUGAACAAGGCGCCAGUUACGCGGCUUGAGAGGACUUGCUGUACACAUAUUCAUGCUUCUGCCUGA